AUGCCGGACAUAUCGUUUAUGCUAUACUUGUGGGAUCUCGGGUCAUAUCAGUCAGGAUUGUCCUCAGCAGCAGCAGGCUCUGGCGUCUUAGUAGCAUCCAAUGGUUAUGAAGCAUGCCCUGUGGUUAUCUGCGGGAGGGAACUCUUUGCAGACUUUCUGGUGAUUGAUUUGCCGAGUUUUGAUGCAGUAUUUUGGAUGGAUUGGUUGGGGUCAUUCUUUGCCACUAUUGAUUGUCGUCGUCGGAGCGUAGUAUUCGAGAUACCAGAUCACCCGAGAUUUGAGUUCCUUAGUGGCAGUACAUCGGCCGGACCUAUGGAGUAUAGAGCUAGACCAAAGAAGGCGACGUUAGCUGCAAUGCAAGUGGAAUCUGAGAAACCAGAUGUAGUUCGAGAAUUUGAAGACAUGUUUCCCGACGAUAUUUACGAAUUGCCACCGGUUCGAGCGAUUGAGUUUUCCAUCGAUUUGAAGCUGGAGUUGCACCGAUCUCCAAAACCCCUUAUCGCAUGCCCCUGA